AUGCUACGACUAAAGACUCCGGCCCGACAUCUGUUUGCCCAGGCACGACGUUUCCAGUCCACUACCGCUUCUAAUGGCAACGGAACUGCAGUGGUACUGGUUAACAUGGGAGGUCCUUCCACCGUACCUGAAACAUACGAUUUCCUGCUCAGGCUCUUUUCCGACAAGGAUCUGAUCCCUCUGGGCCCAUUCCAGGGUCCUCUGGCCAAAUUCAUUGCCUGGAGACGAACCCCCGUGAUUGAGAAGCACUACGGAGAAAUUGGAGGAGGAUCUCCCAUCAGAAAGUGGUCCGAGUUGCAAGCAGCCGAGGCCUGCAAAAAGCUCGAUACUCUGUCGCCCGAGACUGCUCCCCACAAGCCCUAUGUGGCUUUCCGAUACGCUAACCCCCUUACUCCCGACACAUAUGCCCAGAUGAAGAAGGACGGCAUCAAGCGAGCCAUUGCCUUCUCCCAGUACCCCCAAUACUCGCUCUCCACCACCGGCUCCUCUCUCAACGAACUGUACCGAGUGCGAAAGGAGCUGGACCCCAACGAGGAGAUUGAGUGGUCCGUAAUUGACCGAUGGCCCACCCACCCCGGUCUCACCAAGGCCAUGGCUGACAACGUCAAGGAGCAGCUGGCUGCCUACGAGAAGGAGGGUAUCAACCCCGAAGAUGUCACCAUCCUCUUCUCGGCACACUCUUUGCCCAUGGAGGUUGUCAACAAGGGCGACCCCUAUCCCGCUGAGGUUGCUGCCACGGCCUACGCUGUCAUGACUAACCUGGGCUUCUCCAACCCCUACAAGCUGGUGUGGCAGUCGCAAGUCGGCCCCAAGCCCUGGCUGGGAGCGCAGACACAGAAGAUGGUCGACGAGUACCAGAAGGCCAAGAAGCCCAUCAUUCUGGUCCCCGUGGCUUUUACCUCCGAUCACAUUGAGACUCUGCACGAGCUGGAUCUUGAAGUUCGAGGAGAGGCCGAGCAUCCCGAGCUGAUUCGACGAGCCGAGUCUCUCAACGACAACCCUCUUUUCCUCGAUGCUAUGGCCGACAUUGUGCACACUCAUCUGCGAAUUCUGAAUGGUGACGUGACUGCCGCGGAAGUUGCCAAGGAGAAGGGUCUUCAGUCCAAGAUUCUGCGAAUCAAGGGUCCUGGAGCCCAGGGCGAGCGAGGCGCGUUCCACGAGGCCAUCAACGCUAGCGGAUAG